AUGUUCACUUCAUGUCGUCAUAAGGACAAGCUAGAAAAAGAUAAUGUCGUCAUAAUAACAAAAUAUAUAUGUAUAAAGUAUCCUAAGUUUCUUACCCAACAAACAAAAGGAUUGAAAAUGAGCUUAGAUCUCUUGCCUGAAGAUUGUUUUGCAUACAUUCUAUCAUUAACAUCUCCUAAGAAUGCAUGUUGUAUCUCAGUUGUUUCGUCAGAGAUCAGAGCUUUAGCUGGUUUGGAUGCAGUGUGGGAAAAGUUUCUGCCAUCUGAUUAUCCAGAGAUUAUCUCCAGAUUAGUAUCCCCAGUUACUUGUUCACCCAAAAAGGAGUUGUUCCUCAUGUUAUGUAACCCCCAGUUAAUUGACGAGGGAAGAAAGAUAAUUUCAUUAGAGAAAUCAACAGGCAAGAAAAGCUACAUAUUGAGUUCAAGGGAGAUUUCAAUUUCUUGGGCUAACAAUCCUCUCUACUGGUCCUGGAAACCUCACCUGCAUUCAAGGUUCCGAGAAGUAGUUGAACUCAGAACCAUUUGUUGGCUCCAAAUCAAUGGCAAGUUCAAUACCCAGAUGCUAUCUUCAAGAACUGAUUAUGGAGUCUACCUCAUUUUCAAAUUUGCUGACCGGGCUUAUGGACUAGACACGUUACCAUCAGAGGUAUCAGUCGAAGUUGGCAACUUCAAAAUGCAAAGCAAAGUCUACUUACGCCGGCAAGACAAGAGCAAACAAGCUGUAGACAGCGUUGGCUUUCCGAACCGGAUGACAAGAUCAAGAGCCCAAGGAAGAGAUGGAAGCAGGAGCAACGAUGGUGCACCUUGUGAGCGGGAAGAUGGGUGGAUGGAGAUUGAAUUGGGUAGUUUUUAUAACCAUGGAGGAGAAAACAAGGAAGUGGAGAUGGGCCUAAAGGAGGUCACCGGCGAGCACUUGAAAGGUGGCCUCAUAGUUGAGGGAAUAGAGAUUAGGCCCAAACACUGAUUUUUGCAUUCAAACGCCCGAUUCUUGAGUGGUAGGUUUACAAUUACAGGGAAAUUAUAAGGGUAUAGUUGGAAAUACGUGACUAUUAAACCCUAACCCUGGCCUUUAGUUGCCCCUUUAUAAAUCCUUUCCCCUGAUUCUUCUUCUUGGUCUCCUUGCGGGUUCAUCCUGCAACAGCUCUCUAUGUGUUAUUUUCAUUUGAGUUCUUUUGCUUUCAAUUGUUUAUGAAAUGUUGUGUGAUUGAAUCAUUUUCUUCUUUUUUUGGCUAGGAUGAUAAAUGUUUUAAUCCCAGCUCAUUAUGAGACCUUCUUCAAGGUCUGGGAAUUGACUCUGUCCAACAUUUAUCUGAGCUUUUCUAUAUCUAGGCCUUGAGUUAUGAUUGUUGGUUUUGUUCCUUACUGAUUUUUUCAGACAUUCGAUCUAAUUUGUACAGAUUUGGUAA